AUGGUGAAUGCUGAAAGUAGGAAGGUAGAAGAGGUGCAGGUGGAGUCUGGGCGUGUGGGACGCACAUCAAACGCCAUGGAGAUGGGAGAGAAUCGUAACGUCAAGCUUGAACCUGGAAAAGAGAAUUCCGGUCUAGAAAGGGAUGACCUGCCUAAGAAAGAGGAGGUUCUGGAUGCAUCAGGCCUACCAGAAGGAUGGACCAAGAAAGUGACUAGACGCCAAACAGGGGCAUCAGCUGGAAAGUGUGAUAUCUAUUAUAUAAGCCCCACAGGGAAACGGUUUCGGUCAAGGGUAGAGCUGCAGAAGUUUGCUGCUGAGAACAAUUUGGAUUUUGAUCUCUCACCCUUUUCCUUUUCACCUGGAGGAGGCAGGACCAGGAGAAAGCCAAUUAACAUGGGAUCUCCAUCUGCAAGAAAGGAAUCACCUAUCUAUAAUUCUGCACCUGUGACCAAGAUAGAAAGCUCUCCAGCGAGAGGAAGAGCACACAAUUCCAGGCAGUCCAAGAUUGAACUGGAGGAGGUUGUCAUUGAUGUCCAUGCCUGGGCAGAGCAGGGUGAAGAAGACUCCAAGAGAAGCCCGUAUUUCUCGAGGGAAGGAAGUCCAGAAUUUGAAGACAGCGAAGGCAAUGAAGAUGCAGCAAGCACGUUGGACUGGCUCGUCGAGACGCUCGAAUCUCAGAUCGAAGGCUUGAAAAGAAGUUCCUAUUUCUCCAAGGACCAGCGCGAAAGGAAGACGGAUCCUCUUCCAACAAAUGCAAAAAAGAAGUCUUGGAUCCCACCUAAGUCUCCAUACAAUCUUAUUCAGGAACAGCUUUAUCCUGAUCCUUGGAAGCUCUUGGUUGCUACAAUUUUUCUCAAUAGGACUAGUGGGAAGUUGGCCAUACCUUUGGUGUGGAAGUUCUUCGAGAAAUGGCCCGAUGCGAGAGCGGCCGCAGAAGGGGACUGGAAGGAAAUGGCAACUUUACUAGAACCCCUCGGCCUGCAUGAAAAGCGCGCCGACAUCCUCAUCAAUUUCUCCAGAGAGUACCUGGAGAAAGACUGGAAGUACCCGAUCGAACUGCACGGGAUCGGCAAGUACGGGAACGAUUCGUACCGCAUCUUCUGCGUGGACGAGUGGGAUAAAGUGAGACCGGACGACCACAUGCUGAAUCUCUAUCACAACUGGCUCUGUACCAAUCGACACGCACUCGGCCUCAAGAUCAAGUGACGGCGAGCGAA